AUGGCGAACCGGGACGGCGUCGUGCUCCUGUACACGGCCUCGCCGGGCGGGACGCUCCAUGGCCCGGGCAACAUGCACGUCCUCAACCGCGAAGAGCAAGAGAGCCAGAUGGACAUCGAGCGCGGCCGGCUCCAGCGGCUGCUUAGCACGACCAUCUUCGUCUGUUUCUUCAUCCUCUUUCUCGAUGGCACGAACCGCAGCCAGCGCUUCGCCAAGAAGACGACGUCGCACCAAAACACGCAGUGGCCGUACACGGACAAUGACACGGAGCGUGCGAUCCAAAUCGCCUAUUUCCAGCAUCUCUUGGGCCUCGAGAUGGCGGCCGUCGAGCCACUCGGCCACAUGAACAAGAGCGAGAACGUCUCGGGCAUCUACUCGGGGGCUCUGGGCGCCGUUGCAGGCCGCCGACUACAAGACGCAAGCCGCGGCCAACGAAGUCGGGCGCCG